AUGGCUGUACUGCUUGAGCGUUCACUGUCUGGCAUCUUGACGGCUAUUACCGCCAUGUUUGCCUUGACCUCGUUAUUACCCAAGGAUGUGGUCUACGUAAUCGCCGGAAGCGGCGAAGUCCGGAAGUGCCAAGAAGUUACAAUUCCUAUGUGUAAGGGAAUUGGUUAUAACAUGACCUACAUGCCGAACCAAUUUAAUCACGAUACACAGGAGGAGGCAGGGCUAGAGGUGCAUCAGUUUUGGCCUUUGGUGGAGAUUCAGUGUUCUUCUGAUCUGAAGUUCUUCCUGUGCAGCAUGUACGCACCCAUUUGUAUGGAGAACUAUAAGAGGCAUCUACCGGCCUGCAGGUCUGUCUGUGAGCGUGCCAGAGAUGGCUGCGCUCCGUUGAUGAGACAGUACGGAUUCGCCUGGCCUGAGAGAAUGAAAUGUGAGAUCCUGCCCGAAUACGGAGACAAGGAAACUUUAUGCAUGGACGCCAAUAUCACGGACCGGAACACUCCUCCCCCGUCAAACCCCGCCUAUAACCGACCGACCCCAGCCCCGGGCAAGGGCGGAGACGGCGCAGAAUCAUCUAGGAGGAGGCCGGGAGGGUCAGGAGGCAUGGCCGUGGGGAUGCCGGUGGUUAAUGUCAAUCCGGGGGGUGUCAGGCCCGUCCCCGGAGAUUUAGCCCCGACUGCAACGCCAAGAGACUGUGCUUGCAAAUGUGAGCACCCCUUGAAGUCGAUCACCGAGUCAUCGAGCAGCUACUUCGACAAGCUGAGAACGGGCUCAGUCCUCAACUGUGCCAUCAACUGCUACAGCCCAUAUUUCGGCGACAAUGAGAAAACCUUUGCCACAUUCUGGGUCGGGCUGUGGUCCAUCCUGUGCUGCAUCUCCACGUCUAUGACAGUGUCGACUUUCUUCGUGGACAUGAAGAGGUUUAAGUAUCCAGAGCGACCCAUCAUCUUCCUCAGUGCCUGCUACUUGAUGGUCAGUAUUGGUUACAUCAUCAGACUCAUUGUUGGUCACGAGGCAGUUGCUUGUGAUUCGGACGUUAUUCGUUAUGAGACCACAGGUCCUGCUGUUUGUACCGUGGUGUUUCUGCUGGUGUACUUCUUUGGCAUGGCAUCUUCCAUCUGGUGGGUGAUCCUGGCCUUCACUUGGUUCUUGGCUGCUGGAUUGAAAUGGGGUCAAGAAGCCAUCGCUAGUUACUCCCAGUACUUCCACUUGGCGGCCUGGUUGAUUCCCAGCGUCAAAAGCAUAGCGGUUCUAGCCAUGUCUUCAGUAGAUGGAGAUCCUAUUGCAGGAAUCUGCUACGUUGGCAACCAGAGUUUGGACAACCUUAGGGGAUUUGUUCUGGCUCCUCUGUUUGUGUAUCUUAUUAUCGGAACAUCGUUUCUUCUCGCCGGAUUCGUCUCGCUGUUUCGUAUCCGAAACGUCAUUAAACAACAGGGUCGGGGCAAAACGGACAAACUUGAGAGACUGAUGAUUCGGAUUGGAGUCUUCUCUGUCCUCUACACUGUUCCGGCCACAAUCGUCAUUGCCUGCUACUUUUACGAACAACACUUAAGAGAACGAUGGGAAAAGACUCGAACCUGCCCCUGCUACGACAACCCCGCUGUGCCAGACUACACUGUAUUUAUGCUGAAGUAUUUCAUGUCUUUAGUGAUAGGGACCACUUCCGGCUUCUGGAUUUGGUCCAGCAAGACUUUGGACUCAUGGCGGAAGCUUUUUUACGGCACGCUUUGUCACAAAAACAAUUAUCACAGUAGGAAAUACACAACGACCAACUACCAGCCAGCAAAACCACUGCCCCUUAGUCAUGUCUAA